AUCACAAAGCAGUCAUCAUUUUCCUGAAGACAUAGCAUUAAUUUUGAUAUUCAGCCACCAUAAAUGUGACAAGCUUUUUACUGGAUGCAAACUUUGUAGAGGAAACCGAUAAGAAAAACACUUUAGCCUCUGCUUGUAUAUGGCUCGCAUCAAAAGACAAUACUAUAACAACAGUUCCAUUGUACAGUCAGGUGAGAACCAUUAGCUUGAGGAAAGAUGACAGAAAAGUAGUCCUAAGUCGUGACAUCACUUUGUAGUCCAGUAGUUUACUCAUCAGGUAGAGCAACCAUAGAAAUAGAUACAAGAAAGGUUGAAGCUUCAAUAGAGUCCUGAUAACUGAAAAAAAAAGAAGAAGAGAAAAUUAGCUAAGAUAACCCAAAAAAAAAUAUGAUUGGCUAAAACAACCUAUAAAAACAUAAAAACAGAACAUGUUCACACUAUCAACUAGUUCGACCGUUGUUGAAACAAUGAGCACUCUUUUGCUGCAUAACUUCCAUUUUGCACCUCACAAUUCUCUAAAUUACAAAAUCUCCCCUCUUCCCAGAAGAUUAUCUUUCACCAAUGCUCGCCUUUGCAUCAAGAACAAUCAAAUCUCCUGCAACAGUUUGAGAAUGGAUUCGUCUGCGAACAUUUCAGCUUUUGCACAACAACAGAGAAUCGAGAUUCCGAAUAGCCACAACGAGAAGCUCGUGGGUCUGCUUCACGAAACCGGGUCAAAAGAAAUUGUUAUCUUGUGCCAUGGAUUUCGAUCGAGCAAGGAUAACCAAAUCAUGAAGAAUGUGGCUGCUGCUUUAGAGAAAGAAGGGAUCAGUGCUUUCCGUUUUGAUUUCUCUGGAAAUGGAGAGAGUGAAGGGAGUUUCUAUUAUGGUAACUAUAACUAUGAAGCUGAUGAUCUACGUUCUCUUAUCCAACACUUCUCUGACUUGAACCGUGUGGUUCCUAUCAUUCUUGGGCACAGUAAAGGAGGUGAUGUGGUCCUCCUCUAUGCCUCCAAGUAUCAUGAUAUCAGUAAUGUAAUCAAUCUCUCGGGACGUUAUGAUCUGAAGAAAGGCAUAAGAGAGCGCCUUGGGGAAGACUUUUUGGAAAAAAUUAAGGAACAAGGAUUCAUUGAUGUUAACAGUGGAAGAUCCGUGUACCGUGUUACGGAGGAGAGCUUAAUGGAGAGGUUAAACACUGAUAUGCAUGAAGCUUGCCUCAAGAUUGACAAAGAUUGCAGGGUCUUGACGGUUCAUGGAUCGGAUGACGAGGUAAUAACUGUUGAAGAUGCUAAGGAGUUUGCGAAGAUUAUACCGAACCAUAAGCUGGAGAUUGUGGAAGGAGCUGAUCAUCGUUAUACCGGUCAUCAAAGUCAGUUGGUUUCUAUUGUUAUGGAGUUCAUAAAGACAGUCAUUGUGAAGAACUAGUCUUUCUUUUUUUUUUUCUUUUUUUGCCUUUGAGAAAUGUUCAUGAUACACAUUUAAUACUUUACGUUUUCUGCAAUUAAAAGGGAAACAUUGAUUGAGUUAGUAACAA